GCAGCCAAACGUAGCCUGGCUUAUUGGGGCAGAGCCACCACCACCAGCACCCAUACUUGUGCAACCACCAGCAGCGCCAUCGCCAAAGCCGGGAGUCCGAAAGACAGUUCGUCGUGGGUACGGCCGAGACCGCGUAUGUUGAGUGAAACCUGGAUAAUCCUCAUCAGAAUCGGAGUCAGUAAGAACACGAUCCGACAACAUGCCGGAGUCAUCCGACGACCCAGGGUCGUUCCAAUCCUGGAACUCCAAGAUUUCAAUUUCGACUUUGUAGCGAAGCAGCCGCAGUUCAUGAUGAAUGAUCUCUUCUGGACGGAGGAACAAUUUUCUGCUUGUUUGCGUGAUUCUAAUAUUCCUGUGCUCUUCUUCUUGCUGCUGCUGCUGCUGCUCUUCUUUUGUUACUAGGAUCGCUGCAAGAUUCUCGGACAUGUCGGACUCUGAGGAGCACCACUUCGAGUCCAAGGCCGACGCCGGCGCCUCCAAGACCUACCCGCAGCAGGCCGGCACCAUCCGCAAGAACGGAUACAUCGUCAUCAAGAAUCGCCCCUGCAAGGUUGUUGAGGUCUCCACUUCCAAGACUGGGAAGCAUGGUCAUGCCAAGUGCCACUUUGUCGGCAUUGACAUUUUCAAUGGAAAGAAGCAUGAGGAUAUUGUUCCUUCAUCUCACAACUGCGACGUUCCACAUGUUGACCGCACUGAGUAUCAGCUGAUUGACAUUUCUGAAGACGGAUACGUUAGCCUUUUGACGGAGAGUGGCAACACUAAGGAUGACCUGAAACUUCCCACUGAUGAAAAUCUGCAAGCCCAGAUCAAGAGUGGAUAUGAUGAUGGAAAGGACAUUAUCCUGACUGUGAUGUCCGCCAUGGGUGAGGAACAGAUCUGUGCUCUGAAGGAGAUUGGGGGAAAGAACUACCCGUUUGGGAGGGCUUCACCGGCGGCUUCACGAGCGGCUUCAGGUGAAGCCCUCUCAAACAACUUCCGCUAA